AUGGCGGUAGUUGACCUACUUGUAACAGAUUUUAUUUGCUGCUGCUCAGCGCUGGUCAGGGAACUAAUUGAAAUUCUGGCAAUUUCAAGAAACCAGAAGCUUCCACAACCAGGAGAGGAGAGCCAGAUCCUGGAACUGCUGAUUCAGAGAGAUGGAGAGUUUCAAGAGCUAAUGAAGUUGGCAGUUGAUCAGGGGAAAAUCCAUCACGAAAUGCAGCUUUUAGAAAAGGUAGUAGAAAAGAGAGAUAAUGAUAUUCAGCAGCUGCAGAAACAACUAAAAGAAGCAGAGCACAUACUGGCAACAGCUGUUUAUCAAGCGAAGGAAAAGCUGAAGUCAAUUGAAAAGGCAAGAAAAGGUGCCAUUUCAUCUGAAGAAAUAAUCAAGUAUGCCCAUAGAAUCAGUGCUAGCAAUGCUGUUUGUGCCCCUCUGACAUGGGUACCAGGGGACCCACGUAGGCCAUAUCCUACUGAUCUGGAAAUGAGGAGUGGUCUCUUGGGUCAGAUGAACAACCCAUCCACCAAUGGAGUUAAUGGACAUUUACCAGGGGAUGCACUUGCAGCAGGCAGAUUGCCAGAUGUGCUUGCUCCUCAGUAUCCUUGGCAGUCAAGCGAUAUGUCAAUGAACAUGCUACCUCCUAAUCACAGUAAUGACUUCAUGUUGGAGCCUCCGGGACACAAUAAAGAGAACGAAGAUGAUGUAGAAGUCAUGUCAACAGACUCCUCAAGCAGCAGCAGUGACUCAGACUAGGUACAAGAGGGACAGUAUCCCUAGUAGACCUUUCCUGUGGUGAAGGUAGGUUGAAUGCUGUUUGUCACAGACUGCAAUACCCUUUUAUUAUGCUGGCGGCCCUGUUUAGGGCGAAGAUAACAGCUGGCUCAGGAGUAGGGUGACUAAUUAAAGACCACGGACUUCAGAUUUUUUUGUUUUGUUUUGUUUUAAUUUUUUUCCCCCCAUUAGAUGUUCAAGUAAAAUGACUGGGAGCUUUCUGAUGGAGGAGAGGUGUCAGACUUCCAGUGAUUACGUAAAUGUGUGAAUGUGUAUGUUUGCAAGAGACAUGUGUGUAUAUAUGUAUUUACUAUACAUUAGAUGACAAAAGUUCCUGGGAAAAAAGGCGUAAGGGGAAUCCCCUUGUAUGUUUGUUAGUAACUUUACUCUUUUGAUUAUAGCCUUUUCUAUGGCACAGAAAUGAGGCAUGAAAUUUGUAAUUUUAAUAUCU